AUGAAGCCGGGUAGUGAUAUCCAGGUUCUAAAGAAUGCCCAUCUAUCCGUUCGGCAAACCCCCCAAGGGCUGGAAAAGAUUGUUAAAGUGGAGGUCCCGCCAUGUGGCACCGUCGAUUUUAUCGAAGGAGUGCCGUAUGAGUUUGAGAUUGAAUUUGCCUUUGAAGCGGCACCCAUCCCGAUGCACGAGCUGAGCUUUAAGCGAAAGCCCUGCUGCUACUUUGACAAGGCUUAUAAGUGUUUUAAAGAACUAGAGAACGGGCUGUUCUUUCGCCUGGUGGACAGCCAACGCCAGAUCUGGUACUUUUACAACGACACCACCGAUUACCGGAUAACAGCAACGGUGACUUUUGAGGACGAGGCGGAGGUUCGCCCGCAUAGCGGGGUGGUGAAGGUCCCCGGCCCCCCUGAGGACUACCCCAAGGGCGUCACCUACCACAUCGCGGUCGAGCCCGGCGCCACGCGGCCUUUCAUCACCGGCGACCCUCGGUCCUACCGCCUGAGCUUCCACGCGGGCCCGGCGCAGGUGGAGCGCCCCCUUUCCCCCGGGGAGAUUUUCUACGAGAAUAAAGGGCCCGACGCGGCCCUCUGCGGGCCCGAUGCCGAUGUCUUCAAGUGCUUUCCCAAGGAUGGGAACGGGUUGCUGUUCCGCCUCGUCAGCCCCGCGCGCCGGACCUGGGCCUUUUACAACGACACCAUUGGGACCGUGAUGCAGGUGGAGCUGUGGAUUUCCAACGAGGAGAACUGCACCCCGGGCCCGGAUGUCCACACCACGGUGGACCCGGCCCGGCCUGGGAUGACGAAGCUGACGCUGACGCUCCCCCCGCUCACGACGCGGCGGAUGCUGCGGGGGCUGCCCGGGAGCUUCGAGCUCUCCUUCGUCGCCGAGAACGCGGACAAGCCGAUGCCGGAGAAGACGGUCCAGUUCCGCUAUGGCGGCCCGGACCCGAAGCUGAUGCGCUACGAUCAGGUGUUUAGCGCCUGGAAGGGAAAGGACCCCGAGGAUGGGGAGCUGUAUCGCUUGGUGUCCACCAAACGGAAGCAAUGGGGGUUUUACAACGACUCGAAAAAUAUGUUCCUCAAGGUUCAGGUGAAAUUCGCCGCCGAUAAAAAGAUAACCCCGCUCGGGGAGACGCGGAUAGAGAUGGAUCGAAAUGGGGACGGCGUGUGGUUUGUCGUGGAUAUCCCCCCGCUGGUGACGAUAAAGUUCGUGGAAGGCGAAUACUCUAGUUACGAAUUAACACUUUCAGGGACAUUCAAAAAGAGUACUCGAAGAACUUUCAUUAGUCGUUAA